AUGGCUCAGAAAGAUGAAGUCGAAAAGAAAAACGACGUCGUUUUGAAACUCGACUUACAUUGUGAAGGAUGCGUCAAGAAAAUCAAACGCGCUCUUCUCCGUUUCGACGGUGUGGAAGACGUUAAGGCUGAUACAGACGGUAACAAACUCACGGUUAUCGGAAAAGUUGAUCCUAACAAAGUUCGUGAUAAACUGGCGGAGAAAAUUAAGAAGAACGUUGAGCUUGUCUCCUCUCCGCCUAAAAAAGCCACCGCCUCCGCCGUUGAUAAACCACCGCCGGCGAAGAACAAACACGACGAGGAGGAGGAGAAGAAACCCGACGAGAAAAAGGCUGAAGAAAAACCGCCCAAACAGUCGGUUGAAAACACGGUCGUUUUGAAGAUUAGAUUACACUGUGACGCUUGUAUUAAAAAAAUUGAAAAGAUUAUCCUCAAAAUCAAAGGAGUUGAAUCAGUGAACAUUGAUGGAGGAAAAGACUUGGUGACGAUAAAAGGAACUACCGAUGCUAAGGAAAUUGUAGCAUAUCUGACGGAGAAGCUGAAACGCGAUGUGGAAGUGAUUCAACCGAAGAAAGAAGAGGAUAAUAAGAAGAAUAAAGAGAAAAAAGAAGAAGGUGGUGGUGGUGAGAAGAAAGAGGGUGGAAAAGCAAAAGUGGAGGUUAAUAAAAUGGAGCAUUACGGUUACGGGCAGCAACCUCCAAUGUAUUGGUACGACGGAUUCGAACCGGGUCAGAGUAGUAGUAAUAGGGUGGAAGUUCAGCCAGGAGGGUAUUCGUAUUCGAAUCAACAGGGGCAGAAUUAUAAUUAUGCGAAUCAAGAAGGGUAUAAUUACAAUUACAUGAACAUGAACCAGAAUCAUCAACAACAAGGGUAUGAUUAUAGUUAUGGGAAUCAAGGGUAUAUGGUAGAGCCUCAACAACCUCCAUUCUAUUUGCAUCCAAAUCAUCCUCCUCCACAAAUGUUUAGCGAUGAAAACCCAAAUGCUUGUUCCAUGAUGUGA